AUGGGUCUCGUCGCAGAAAGCCUGGCGGCGAUCUCCCAAGCCAUUUCGCCAUUUCUGCAGAAAGUCAUAUCUGGCCAGGCUCUUCUGGGGCUUAUACUGGCAUUCAUAUUUUAUUCUGGUGUUCUCAUCGCAUAUCGCCUUUGUUUCCAUCCACUUCGAAAAAUACCUGGGCCCUUCUUGGCACGUGCGACCAGCUGGUAUGAGUUUUAUGAAGAUGUGAUUCUUGGGGGUCACUACGUGAAGACCUAUCCCGUUCUUCAUGCUAAAUAUGGGCCUGUGGUUCGCGUCAGUCCCGACCGGGUUCAUGUGGGCGACCCGGAGUUUUUCCACGAGAUCUACUCCUCUGGUUCCCAUUACCUUAAGGACCCCAACUUCUUUCAAACCUCGGGCGGGAUCAGCGAGGCUCUUCCCGCCCUGGUCGAUCCUGUCUAUCACCGCCAGCGCCGGAAGAUGAUAAACAACUUGUUCUCAGCCAAGUCUAUCGAUGAGCUGGGCCCCAUUGUCCUCAAUAUCAUUCGUCGCGCGCUGGCCCGGGCCAAGUCUGCUCAUCAGAACCAAAUUCCUCUCGACAUCCAGCGCCUGUACACUGGAGUGACGGUUGACACCAUCAUGCGAGUUCUAUGCGACGAGCAGCUGUAUAUGAUCGAGGCGGAAGAAGAAGAGCCCCCCUUCUUUGCCGUCCUGCGCACCUUUUCGGCCAACUUCUUCCUGAUGAAGCAUUUCCCCAUGCUCGCCGCCCUCUCCGCCAGCAUGCCGAGCUGGCUGUCCAACUGGCUCUUACCCGGGGAUGCGCAGUUUCGCAAGAAAGUCACCCAGUGGAUCGAGGAGCGAGAGAACAAACACAAAAAAGGCGUCCGGACGGCGGAGGACGGUCGCAAGACGAUCUUGGACCUGCUCCUGCAGCCGGACGGCGGGGAACAUCCCUUGAGUAAAGCGAGCGUGGUGGACGAGACCUACUCCUUCUGCUUUGCGGGCACCCACACCACCAGUCUGACCAUCAGCAUGGCCACCUACUAUCUCCUGCGAGACCCCCAAAAGCUGCAGAAGCUUCUCGACGAGCUCAAAGAUGUCAAGAGAACCUUCGAUGGAUUGAUCGAGCAUCGGGAUGCGUGCAAACUUCCGUACCUGACCGCAGUCAUAAAGGAGUCUCUCCGACUCUCCUCCCCCGUCCCGGGCGUAUUGCCCCGUGUCGUUCCCGCUGGAGGCAAGACCUGGGCCGGACACCAUUUACCUGCCGGUACCUCAGUUUCCGUAGCCAUCCGCACCGUCCACGACAACCCGGACAUAUUCCCGGACCCCGCGCGCUUCAUCCCGGAGCGAUGGCUCGAAAAGGACGACUUGGACCAUUGGCUGAUGGUUUUCGGAAAGGGAUCCCGAUCCUGUAUUGGUCUCACGGUGGCAUGGAUGGAACUGUAUCUCUGCCUGGCCAACUUCUUCAGCACGCUGAAGAUGACGCUCUACGAGACGGAUGACACGUCGACUCAGUGGGAUGAUUGUGGAAAUGCCAUGAUCCAUCGCCAUGUUAAAGUCAUGGUCGAUGACGUUCUGGAAAGUUGA